AUGGUUAGCUCAAUUCUUUACGUUGCGGUCAUUGGUUUUCAUCAUAAACGGGGAUGUCAGAUUGAAUAUUGUUAUCCACCUUUAACAGACCGUGAGGGAGAACUGCCGGCAGCGUGGCAGAAUUUACCAUCACUUGCACUUCCUGAUGGUGCGCAUAACGUUGACAAUGACGUAAUAUAUUUUUUGCUGCCAUCAUUAGAUGAUCCGAACCGAUCAGUCUUUGGAAUUUCGUGUUACCGUCAAAUUUCUGCAAAGGAUCUUUUGAAUAAAUCAACAGAUGUCACCCGAAGUAGUGUACAGAAGAGUGUUUGCGUUCUAUCUCGAGUACCACUUUUCGGUAUAUUAACAGCUAAGUUACAACUUAUUACAAAAGCAUAUUUCAACGAAAGGGAUUUUGCUAAGGUUGACGUGUUAUGUCAGCUAUAUGAAAAUCUUUGUGAGAUGUUUCCGGAUGCGGUAACUGAUGAGCAAGCUGCAGUAAUGGAUAUCUCAGUGCAGUCCCUAGUAACGACAUUCAGACAUCGUGUAUUAGUAUUAUUCAAAUUGUUAUUGUUAGAAAAAAAGGUUGUGUUCUACAUAUCACCAGUAUUUCAAUUAAGUCAGUUGAUGGUUGCGCUUACCUCACUUUUCCCACGAUUGGUUGAAGAAGGUUUAUUCCAUGCAGCUGCAUACAACCCGAAUUCGCAAAAAUGUUCAGUUGAGAAUAAAACUAUAGAUGAGAAUGAAAUUGUUUUGGAAAUGGGAGAAGAUAUAUUAGGAAGCAAAGUUCUAGAAUUUGGAAAUGAUGUAAUGGUUAGCGUAAAUAUAGAAGAGAACCAAGUGAAUGAAAAUAACCCCGUAGAAGAAUUUGUACACAAAGAUUUACUAACAUCAGCUGCGGAAUGCACGUCCGAAACGCAAUCUUCAACUGAUAUUAGUGCUGAAAGUUGUUCAAAUUUAAAGCGGAAGCAAAUAUUGGCCACUGAUUCAUACGGUUUUCCAUUAAGUAUUUUUACAAAAGGUUCAUUAUUUCAUCCUUAUCUAAGUAUAUGCUAUUUGGAUAUGAUUCGUUCCGAUCAAACACGAGCUUACUGCAUCGGUGCAACGAAUGCUUUAUUUGUUCAACGUCGUGAUUUGUUGGAUGUUAUAGUCACUGUUGAUGAUGUUGGCGAUGGGAGUAUCGAUAUCGUAGAUAUUGAAUUAAAACGAUCGUUGGCAUUAACAGCUGCAGAUUUACGCUUUAUCGAUUUUGUAUUGAAAGAAAUGGAAGCAAAUGCUAAAUCACCAAGUUGGGAAGGUAGUGAUGAUUGGAUACGAUUGCAAAUGCAAGCAUAUCUAUUAUCACUUAUAGCUACUGUUCGUGCUGAUUUGAAAGAUUCCUUGGAUGAUUUCAAUGAAGCAUUCAUAACUGAAUGGAAAAUGAGCAAUAAUUAUCGUAUUUUAUCUUGUGGUGACUAUCCUGAUUUAACAUCUACCAUUCCAGGACAUCCAUUUGCUGGUGGUCUUGGUAUAUCGGAUGUAUUGCUACGUAUGGAGCAUACAGCUGGCGGUACAGGAAGUGGUCGUCGUGUAGCAUCGGCUGUUGUUAAUACCAGUAAAUAUUUUGCAGAUACAAGUACCAAAGUGAAGACAAGUAUCACAUCAUGGUUGAAAGGAACUCGAUCGGAAUAA